UAACAAGUAAAGCAACAAAAAGAUGUUUCUAGACCUUGUAUUUAAUUUUUGCUGCUCGAAACGGCAGAGAGAUGAAAAGGAUACAAAAUCACAAAAUAGCAAUAAAAGUUAGGAGGAACAAUUUUUAGAACAAAGAAGGAUUGAGUUAGACAUUGGGAAAACUGCGAUGAAUGAACUAAUAAGUAGCACAAAUUUAUUGAAAUUUUUUAAGAAUCAAAGCCCACUUCAUCAAUCGGAUCACCAACAGAUAACUAUCUAUAAUUAAAUGACGAAAAAUAAUAAUAAAAAAAGAGUAGUUUUGAAGAAGACAACGUUUAGGAGAAUUAGUUCGAAAUGGAUGAUGCCAAUAAAGGGAAUCAUUAUCAAAUGAAAGAUCAUUAAGGCAUGCGGUAAGAGGAAAUAAAUAUCGUCUUUAUAAUAGUUCCAAAUCUCAGGAGAAGGUAGAUAAGGGUUUGAAGAAGAAGAUAAGUAAAGCAAAGGAGAAACAGGAAGGAGACAAGAGAGUUGUGAAAAUUUGGUAACCUGAAGAGGAUCAACGUCUCAGAAAGUUGUACCAAGAAUAUUAGGGAAAUUGGAGUAAAAUAAUUCAGUUUAUGCCUGAACGAAACAUUUCAUAAUGUUCUCAGCGAUGGAGAAGGAUAAAUCCUAUUUAAGUUAUUAUGAAAAUCAUAAUGUUUAGAAUAAAUAAAAAUGGAAUUAAGAGGAAGAUGCAAAAUUAGUACACUUGGUUGCUUAAGAGGGGAAGAAUUGGACCAAAUUGGCCAGACACUUUUAAGGAAGGACUGGGAAAUAAAUCAGAGAAAGAUAUCUCAAUAAAUUGGAUCCUGCACUUAAUUUUGUACCUUGGACAUAAUAAGAGGAUUAGGACAUUGUCAAGUAUUAUAAUCAAUAUGGUGCCAAAUGGAGUGUUGUUGCUUCUCAUUUAAAGGGAAGAUCUGUAAAUUUAUGUAAUGAUUUAGGAAAACAUGGUGAAAAAUAGAUUUUACUCUCACAUUUAAAAACAUUUGUUGGGUAGACAAAAUAAAUAUCAAAUUAUUUUUAAUUCUGGCCACAAUCAACAGAAUGGAAAUUAGUCGAUAUAAGAAGGAAAUCAAAAUAUGGAUGUUGAAUAUUCUGAUACUUCAAAUAGCGAAUAAAAGUUAGUGCAUUCCGAAAAUUAUUCAGUAAAACAUUUAUUGAAUUAUUAUAUAGUCUUCAAUAGGAUCAAGUACAUUUACUUUUUCUUAUUAUGAAGAUGAUGAUUUUAGCGGAAAUGGUUAAGAUUUAUUGUAUGAUAAUUAAUUUGAAUAAGACUUCGAUGAAAAAGCCAGAGUGUAUUGAA